UCCGAGCGAGCGUGGCGUGUGGAAGUUAGCCCAUAAGUCAUCAUAAAGUACAGCCUGGGCCUAGAGCCUAGCUUCUGCACCUGAACCCUGCUCUGAGACAAGGCAUGUGUUUAAAGAUUGGCGUGCAUAGGGCACCAGGACGUCAGCAAGAGCUACGGCUGCAAUAGGUGAAUUAGCCGUACAGCAACAACAACAACGCCCACCCUGCACACUCAAGCAGCUGAAGGAUAAAACUGAAGCCACUCAACAGAUUGCAAGUAAUAUUGCAGCAUUUGAAAAUGUCUAAGCAUACAGAUUCUACAACUGAAGUAUUGUUGGAAAAGAGAGGAGGUGCGGGAAUAAUAACUUUGAAUAGACCCAAGGUUCUCAAUGCACUAAAUCUUUCUAUGAUCCGACAGAUUUAUCCACAAAUAAAGACUUGGGAGCAAGAUCCUGAAACUUUUCUAAUAAUUAUAAAGGGAACUGGAGGAAAAGCUUUUUGUGCUGGUGGUGACAUCAGAACCAUCGCAGAUGCAGGAAAAGUUGGAGAUAGGCUGACACAAGAUUUCUUCAGAGAAGAAUAUACCCUGAACAACGCCAUCGGCACUUGCAAGAAGCCAUAUGUGGCACUUAUUGAUGGCGUUACAAUGGGAGGGGGAGUUGGCCUCUCAGUUCAUGGACAUUUCCGAGUUGCUACAGAAAAGACACUUUUUGCAAUGCCAGAAACAGCAAUAGGCCUUUUUCCUGAUGUAGGUGGAGGAUAUUUCUUGCCAAGACUUUCAGGAAAGAUUGGCUAUUACCUUGCACUAACAGGAUUUAGGCUAAAAGGAAGAGAUGUGCAAAAAGCAGGCAUCGCUACACAUUUUGUAGACUCAGAAAAGCUGCCUACCUUAGAGGAAGACUUGAUUGCACUUAAAUCUCCUUCAACAGAAAGCAUUGCAGACUUAUUGAACUCUUACCAUGUGAAGAGCAAAAUUGAUCAAGAAAAGGAGUUUAUACUUGAUGAACAUAUGGAGAAGAUUAACAGUCUUUUCUCAGCAAAUAACAUGGAAGAAAUAGUUAAAAAAUUGAAGCAAGAUGGUUCUGCUUUUGCCAUUAAGCAGUUAGAGACCAUUAAUAAGAUGUCGCCUACAUCCUUGAAGAUGGCUCUCAGGCAGCUCAGAGAAGGAGCUUCCAUGAGCUUGCAGGAGGUGCUGACGAUGGAGUACAGGCUGAGCCAAGCCUGCAUGAGAGGCCAUGACUUCUACGAAGGUGUUCGAGCAGUGCUGAUUGACAAAGACCAGUCCCCAAGAUGGAAGCCAGCUGCUUUAGAAGAAGUCAGUGAUGAAUUCGUGGAUGAUUGCUUUAAGCCACUGGGAAACAACGAUCUCAAGCUGUGAAGACCAAGCCUGUUGACAUCUUACACAUCUGCCUAAUUUUAGGACAUACAAGUUAAUAGUAGUAUGAUAAGACUCUUUUCCUAGCCUGCGAUUCGUAUGUCUAAUUUUUUGCAUUCAGGAGCAUUCUCUUGUUUAUGCUAUCAUAAUGACAGAAUAAUCACGCCUGGUUAAUAAGGGAAAAAGCCUUCAAGGAAAAUUGUUAUUCCUACUGCUAGUAACAAUGAGUACCAUUUAAUUUUUGGCAUUGACUCUGCGUUUAGGAGGAACCGUUGAGGGAAGCAGUAUGGUUAAAGGGUGACCUAGCAGGCAGGAAGUCGAGAGCCUUCGGUAUUCUUGGCCCUGUCACCGAUCUGUUAAAUUGGGGUUGUGCCUCAGUUUCUUCUCUAUACAAUGAGCAGGAGAUAUACUUAAGGCUGUAAAGCAGUCAGAGUCACAAAGGAAAAUGCAAGACAUGCUAAAUUCAUGGUGUUAAGUAAUAUUUUAAAUAAAAGGUCAGACUGACACAUUAGUCUGACAACAAGAUUGUUCUAUUGAUUUAAUGUUUGGUCUUGCUGUGUGGUGUAGACACUGUUUCAAAUGUCAUAACAACACCAGAGCCUACAGCACAGUUCUAUUUAACAGGGAUUGGCUUGUAAAACCAAUUUUUUAAAAAUGUCAUUAAGUUUGAUUAAACUUUAUAAUGAGUUUUUCCUUGUCUCAUAGUGGUGAAGCAGUAACUGUCUCAGGACUCCCUCCGAACGCCAAGCGGCACGUUCACUGCUGCUGUUAGUGAGUCUCUAAAGAUUUUAAGGUAGAGGUGAACGUAGCCACUAGUACUUGCAUGUCGCUGGAGUUUAGCUGUACUGACGAGCCUGGUUGCACUUUUGCUUGUGUCCAUGAACUUCCUGAAGAGGAAAUUUCGCUGUCUGCAGGGUAGAAAAUGUGUGAAAAGGAGGGGGAACACAGCAAUAUGUACUGAUGAUACAGGGCAAAACAUGACGACAAGGGCAGAACGUGAACUGUCUGCUGCUCCAUGGAUCCUCUAGUCUUUUUACGCAACAUAUCCUAACAAAUGUAUGUGUUGGGAGAAAAGGUGAGAUUAAGAUGGAUACUCAAGCCCUUAAGUUAUUAAGUUAUUCUGCCAGCUACAACUCUUCUCUGGUCCUGUUUCCCAUUCAGGUUUUACUAAGCUUUCUGCUUCUUAGCUGUACACUGGGUGCCAAAGAGAUAAUUUAGGGCAUUACAAAUACGCUGUCUUAUAUAUUACAAUAUAUUUGUAUAUAUAUAGCAAUAUAUACAAAAAUCCCUCUUUCCUCUUGCUUCCCAGUUGAUAGGGAAGUCAGCCAUUCAACAUUGGCUCUGUAAGAAACGUAAACUUCCCUGUUUCUUUAAUAUUUGUAUGUUUUAGAUUCUUAAACAAUGGCUAUUCUUAAUCUAUUUAGAAAAAUUCUGUUCAUUCCAUUGUUUUUGUGCAAACAAAGUAAUAAUCUGCUACUGCAUUUAAGUGAAAAACACAACAGUCCCCAGGGAGUAACAAUAGCACCUCCUCUGCUUGAAAAGGACCCACCCUAUUUUAGCAAGAGUAUACUUCUGAAUUAAUAAACUUUGUGUGUAGAGUUGCUUCCAAAAUUUAUGUGGAGGGGAUUUUAUUCUGCGCUCAUGGUAACAAGAUCCUGUCCAAUACAUGAAUUUUUUAUCAAAUAAAGGUCUUAAAAGCACA